AACCUUCUCAAGUAAUGUACAACACGACGGAGUUAUGUUCGGUGGUGAGUGGUCACAGUAACUAGUCCAGCGGCGGUAUUAUGUAAGUGUACUACCCGAACAGCAUUCAUAUCACAAUUGGUUAAGAAACGUCAACCGUGGUUUUUAUAGCCUGGCAACUUUCCGCGGCUGCUCUCCGAGUCCUCAAACUCGUGCUUUCAUCUGAGGGCUUGUAUCAACUGUUCAAUAUUCCAGCCUUCACUACCGCUAUGACUUCAAGUACCAAUGUCUCUUGUUUUCACGAGGCUAGAAGAGUUGCUAUUUUUGGAGGCACGCACGGAAAUGAAAUGUCAGGCGUAACGCUUGUAAAUCUGUGGAUACAGAAUGGAAAAGAAAUCCAAAGAAAGGGAGUUGAGACGAAACCCUUCAUAACGAACCCAAGAGCCGUUGAGAAAUGCACUAGAUAUGUGGACACAGAUCUUAACAGAGCGUUCACGACCGAGAAUCUCAGCGCCCCUAGUGGAGAUGACCUGCCCUACGAGGUCCAGAGGGCCCAGCAGAUCAAUGAGAUAUUUGGACCUAAAGGAAGCCCUGAGGCCUACGAUGUCAUCUUCGACCUCCACAACACCACCUCCAACAUGGGUUGUACYCUCAUACUGGAGAGCUCCAAGGACCACUUCAACCUCCAGAUGAUGCAUUACAUCAAGAAUGCCAUAGCUCCAGACAGUUGUCCAGUUCUGCUGACUGAACACCCGCUACUCAAGUAUUCAACUUCACGCUCUGUGGCCAAGCACCCCAUCGGUCUAGAGGUUGGCCCACAACCUCAGGGGGUUUUGAGGAGCAACAUCUUUGAGUCUAUGAGGGUGGUACUGAAACAUGCCCUGGACUUCAUUGAGCUCUUCAACGAAGGCUUGGAGUUUCCCCCCUGUACAGUGGAUGUGUUCAGAGUUUCAGAGAAGAUGGACUACCCCAGAGACACCAAUGGCAACAUCAUUGCCAUGGUGCACCCCAAUCUACAGGACUGUGACUGGGAGCCGUUGAACCCUGGUGACCCUAUGUUCCAAACGUUUGACGGGACAACCAUCCGCUACGAAGGUGCUGGCACCGUCUAUCCCACUUUUAUUAACGAAGCUGCUUAUUAUGAGAAGCAGCAGGCGUUCGUAACUACCAGACGAGAGACCUUAGCAGCUGGUGCUAUCAAAAAAACAUAGGACAAAGUUAGUGUAUAGUUUACUUCAGUUUGUUGUAAGCCCCAGCAAUAUUCUAUAUUCUUUACAGUUAAUCUUUAUUAUAUUAGAUCUAUAUACAAUAUUCUUUAUAGUUUUCCCAAUGACACCACUUAAAAAGAACAUAAUAUCUUUCACAUUGAUAAUUAGAGAGUAAUGUUUUAUACUCUCUGUACUUUUUUAGAUGUCAUAUUGAUAUGUUGUUCUAAGAUCAACUAACUAUGCAAAGUACAGUCACUGUGACUAGAGGCACUGCUAGGUUUUUAAUGAAGCUGUGAACUUUUUCUAUCCUAAGAAUUGUUGUGAUGAAUACAUUUUCUGUUAUUCUUAAAUAGAUUUUAUUAAGCAAACUUAAAGUUUUGUGAAGUGAAAGUAAGCAUAUCUAUGACAAAUACAAAGUACCGCAAUCCCAAGAAGAACCACAACACUUAAGCACUGUUCUUAAUACUGUAUUCUAUAUAACCGCUCAGGAAGUUGGGCAAUUUUAUAUUAUAUCAAAAGGAUAACCUACAACCUGAGAAUCUUUAUGUUGUAUCUAUUAUACUUAUAAUCAAGUUGUUACAAUCAAUAAGCUAGUGAGCUUGGCCUUAAAAUACAAUAACAGAACCUCUUGAUGCUACCUAACCUCUCUACAGAUGUCGGAUCUUAAUUUGAGGACUCUUUUGUUUUGAGAAUGUUCCUGCACAGCAGAAAAUGCAAACUUGUAGUGUAUUUGAGUUUUUAAAAUGCUUAUAAAGUUUGUAAUUUCCACUGAAAAAUUUCAGAC